GGUUAAAGUUGGACGAUUUGGUCUAGGAUUUAAAUCAGUAUUUCAUAUAACAGAUUACCCAAUGAUUAUCAGUGGAAAAAAGUUACUGAUUUUAGAUCCCCACCAGAAACGUUCUGAUCGGGUAUGCAUAAUAAUGAAAUUAAAAAUGAGAAAAUGAGAAAAUAAAAGAGAAUGGAUGUAACUGACUGCCUUGCAGCAUUUGAAGGUAUGUUUGGAUUUUCUACAGAGACCAUAGAAAAGGGGAAUUUCCAGGGUACACUGUUUAGGUUCCCAAUGAGACAUGUGAAAACAGAACUUUCAGAAAACAUUUAUGAUGAGAUAAAAGUGAUGGACUUAUUUAAAGCAUUUGAAGCCGAAGCUCCAGUCGAACUGUUGUUUCUAAAAUGUUUAGAAAAAAUCGAUUGGAGAUUUACAGACGAGAUUUACAGACGAGACCAAAACUACGACAAUUCUCCAGUCUAUAGUGUUAACAUUUCGGACAAGUCUGUUCAAAGCGUGAGAGAAGGACGUAAUCAUGUCAAAACAUUUGGCAUUAAUUACAGCAUGGCUGUUGAAACGUUUAAUAAAGGCAAUGUCCAUACAGACGAAUGGAUCAUUUUUCAUUGUAUGAAAGGUUGCAAUAUGUCUGAAGAGUUGCGAAUUCUUUCUCUCGACGAAUCAUUGUCUUAUAGUCCAUAUACUAGCAUUGCAGUUCCUAUGAAAGAGGACCAGUUCAGAGGUCACGUGUUUUGUCUUAUGCCAUUGCCGUUAACAGAGAAUUGUAUGACAGGACUUCCUGUGCACGCGAAUGGUUACUUUGCUCUAAGUCAGAAUAGACGACAUGUUAAAUGGCCUACUGCAGAUCAGAUGAGACAAGGAACUUACAAGGACAAGUCAUUGAGAUGGAAUAACUGUUUGAUAACGGAAGUUCUCGCGGAAUUGUACUACAAUGUUAUAUUAGAGUUAAUCGACCACACCAUUACGCCAGAUUCGGUUGCCAUAGUUACAAGAAUUAUACCCGAUUGUCGACAGAUAACGGAACACUGGAAGAAUAUUUUAGAGCCAUUUUUUGAUUCACUCUUUAAAAGCAAGUUUUUGUUCACAGAAAACAAUGGAGGAUGUUGGAUUAGUAUCAAAGAAGCUGUAUUCGAUGUUUUUGAAGACACUAUCAGCGGUAAGCGAAGUCAUAUUAAAACAAACAUAAGAAGCGAUAGGUAAACUCGUAUUCAAACAGAAACUAGCAGCAGUCAGCAACUUUGUGUCUUUAAAAGUUUUAAUUUAAUAUUUUCGUCUUGACUUACUAUAGCUAUUAUUUAGAAUUUUACCCCCAAAAAACUGUUGUCUUAAAUCAUAGGCAAAAAUGGGCUUGUGGUAUAUGUUAGUUUC